UUUAACCAAUUUGAUUGAUUGACAUGUUGAGGGCGGUUGACUCGCGUGUUUUCGCGCGAGUAGCGGUCCAAUAAUUUUACUUCUAAACACUGCGGAUAGCUGGUUCUUUAAGUCGACCCAGAAUUGUAUUCACUUAUCAUGAGCGGACAGCUUCCCGGAACCACAGCAAUAGCAGGUGGAUCUAUUCCACCCUUAGUACCAGUGUCAACACCAGCAGUAGGUACCAGUCUGUCAGGGAGUGCCCCUGCUCCACGCAAGACGCUGCAAGACACUAUCAAGGAAAUUGAAGCACAGAUAACGCUGUUAGAACAGACACCAAAUGCCACCAGCAGACAACAGGAGGAUUUAGCUAAACUCAAAGAGCUGCAUACACGAGCCUUGGCUGAGCAGGAGAAGUUUAAAGCAAACAAACAGCAGCAGCACAUUCAGCAGCUCCAACAGCAGCAACAACUCCAACAACAACAACUACAGCAGCAAGCAACACCAGCAACGCCAGCCAGAACAGGCACCUCACCCACGACCUCCUCCAACCCUGGUGCCAACGGCACUAGCAGUCAGACAUCUAGCACAGCACCUGCUCACAAUCACAGUGUGGCACCCCCUGCUACCAGCAGUAAACCCAGCUCCAUGGCAACAGGUGCACACAUUGGUAUUGACCCUAACCAGGUACUUGACAAGAAAAGAAUCCAGGAUCUUGUGAAGGAAGUAGAUCCAAACACUCAGCUUGAUGAUGAUGUAGAGGAGAUGUUGCUACAGAUUGCCGAUGACUUCAUCGAAAAUAUAGUGACAGCUGGAUGUCAACUUGCUAAGCAUAGGAAAUCCAACACUCUGGAAGCCAAAGACAUACUCCUCCAUCUAGAGCGUCAUUGGAACAUACUUGUGCCUGGAUAUUCCACUGAAGAGAACCGACAGUACAAGAGGCCUGCCUCAACAGAAGCUCACAAACAACGGAUGGCACUCAUACGAAAAACUCUCAAAAAAUGAAAUCAUAUGUAUGUCAGGAGAGUUUAUUGAUCGGCUAAUGUUCAUGUACGGCAUCCAUCCAAGCCUUUGUAGAUCUCAUGACGGGGCCAGUCUUGUUUGCCAUUCCUUGUAAGAUUUGAUAUCGAUACCAUUAUCUCCAUCAGUACUGCUGGCCUAAAUUUAGUACAUGUACAAUGUAGGAAUACAUGGAGCAACCAUCAACAAAGUCACCUGUGCGCAUUGCUGGGCACAAUUGGUUGGACUCCAGAAGGCACUGUGUUAAAUGCAUAGAAUGCAAAUAUACAGCUAUGAAUUGGGAAAUGAAGCCCAGUUGUGGCACAAGUCCGUUAUCGGGCUGUUAUUGACAUGUAUUGUUUCUCCCUUGAUGUCUGACUCUUAGACACAGAAAAAACAACAUCCAGAACAGUCGAAUACAUUUGAAGCAAGAUAUGGGACGGAGAGAACCCCCCCCGCCUUUGUGUUGGUCAUCAUUUCAUCGGAAUCUCAAGAAUUCUUCACAGACUUCUAGGGGGAUGUGUUAGGUAACAAUAGUCUACAGUGUGUAUAGGGAUUGGACAGGUAAGGGGGGUACCCCUCCGUCCCAUAUCUUGCCUGGUAUAGUCGAAUAUAUGCAUGCUACUGAGCGAUAUGUGCGACAUAAUGCACAUAUAUGUAACAGUGCUCGGGAAUACUCUUGUAUACAUGUAUGCAUGAAAUACGCAAACAACACGAGACCCAGCAGCUUAUGGAUGAAAUCAAGUCGCCUGAGAUUUUUAAGGAUUGGAAUGUGUUGCGGGAUCCGGAUUGGAUGCGCGUGUCAACACCCACUCAGUACAUUGUGAAAACAGUCAAGGCAGUUGACUACUAAACAUGACAAUUAGAAACAGACUUCUUCUUUCCAAAGCAAGUUUAUUUGCAAACGAACCUUUUAAAUAGCUCAAGA